CUCGAUGCACAUAACCAGUUCACAUCCGGGUGGAUCCGCGACGUUUGCGUUGCAUAUCAAGGAGAUGUGGCUGUAAUAGCUGGAAAAGUAUUGCAUUCUCAGAGUAUUGGGCUGCCGCCAACAUGUCCGUGGGUACUGAUGAAGAAGGAUGGUGCAGUCAUCACAGCUAACUGCAACUGCAAGGCUGGUUUGGGAUCGACAUGUACCCAUGUUACAUCUCUCCUGUUCUACAUAGAAACAUCUGUACGGAUACGUGAUGCCAAGACAGUUACCCAGGAAAAGGCGUAUUGGCUUCUACCUGGAUCAGUGAAGGAUGUAACACCUUCCCCUGUUGCUGACAUUGACUUUACUUCGGCUAAAACCCGAAGGAAUCGUUUAAGCCAAGCAAUUGACAGUCUUGAUGAUGCAGCUAAUUUAACAACAACAACAACAACAACACUUUUACGUCACUCGAGGGAAAUUCCAAAAGCGACAGAUGCUGAGCAACAGUCUUUCCUGGCAUCACUGAAAUCUACUGGAAGGAAGUGUGCAAUAUUGACAAUCUCAGCUCCACACAAUGCCGAUUUUGUCCCAAAAGUGACUUUGUCAACAUUUCCUAAGCCGCUUUCUAGUUUAAAAAGUGAGAACUGCCUAGAAAUGGACCAUAAAGCCCUUACAGAACAUUGCCAUGGGAUCAAUGUAGCUAUCACCAAGCCGGAGGCGGAUGUCAUUGAGAAGGCCACAAAAACACAGGCCAAAUCCAAACUCUGGUAUCGAUACAGAGCUGGGCGGAUUACAGCAUCUCGUAUGAGGGCAGCAUGUUCAACAAGUGCAACUAAACCAUCGCUUAGCUUGAUUAAAGCUAUUUGUUACCCAGAAGCCACAAAAUGUAAAACUGCAGCUACUGAAUGGGGAUGUAAUCACGAGAAAUCAGCACGUGAAGAUUACAUUACAAUUAUGAAUCAACAUGACAGUUUCAUUUGCCAGGACUCUGGGCUCGUGUUAUCGCCAACAUUUCCAUAUUUAGGUGCUACUCCAGAUGGUGUUGUGUCCUGCAAGUGCUGUGGUGUAGGUGUUUUGGAAAUUAAAUGCCCCUACUCUGUUGCUGCACCGUCAGACCAUACAUGUCUGGAAUCACGUGAUGGACAGGACAGGCUGAAGAAGACCCAUGCCUAUUUCUAUCAAGUGCAGACCCAGUUAUUUCUAUGUGAUGUUGAAUAUGCUGACUUUGUUCUGUGGGUGAAUGGAAAGAUUCAUCUUGAACGCAUAACCCCAGAUAUUGACUUUUUGGAGAAGGUAUACCCCAAAGCUCAUGAAUUCUUUCAGAAGGUCAUUCUCCUCGAGUUGAGUGGGCAAUUCUUCACCAGAAUUUCCAUUGCAACUACACCAGUCUCCAUUACUGCACCAAAAAGGCCUCUCUGCCUGAUACCAGACCCUGCUGUAUGUGCCACUCUGACUCAGCCAACCGAUACCCAACCACUGGUACCCAAAUGGUGCUUUUGUCGUGGAGAGGAAAAGCUUCCCAUGAUAGGAUGUGAUAACACAAAUUGUGAAACUACCUGGUUUCAUUUUGAAUGUGUUGGUAUAACAGUUGCCCCCAAAGGAAGCUGGUAUUGUGACAAAUGUCAUCAGCAUGUCCCCUCUCAAAAGAAACAGAAGUAUUAAACAAUCUGAAUGACAGUG